AUGGAUGGAACUAAUACAACAACUUCAACCUCAACUACUACUACAACUACAACCCCAACUCCUACAGUAACAUCUGGAACAAUCCCAGCCGAGGCCACUCAAACUCAAACAACAAGCUCAACUCAGCCACAACCACAACCAACAUCAACUGGAAAUGGAGCAACACCAAGCGGAGAAAUAGUGGAUGAGGAUGAUGAUGUAGAGGAUGAUGAUGAUACUAGUGAUGAGAUUGAGAAGUCAACACCAAUAUUAUCAAAGAAGGAGGGUGGUAAUGGUUCGACAAAGUUGAUCGUCUGUGUGGACGGUGGCGGAAUCCGUGGUAUCAUAGCCGUGCGUAUACUCAUGCAUUUGGAGAGCCAUCUUGGAUUCGACCUCAUUAGCAAGGCUGACUUGCUGGGUGGCACGUCCACGGGCGGCCUGCUGACAUUCACUCGUGCGCAAGGCAUGUCCUACGAAGCGGCCGAAGAGUUGUACAAAAAGAUGAGCAAGAUCAUCUUUGGAGGCUUCUUCCAAAAGGUCAAGAACUUCUUGACCGACGAGUGUCUCGGCGACAUGGUCACGUAUGAGCGCGAGCUCAACAGAAUCUUUGGCAACACGUCACUCAAUGAGUUCAAGCGCGACCAGAAGAUCUUCACACUCACCAGCAGUAUCAGCGAGAAUGAGACGAGCUACGUGACCAACGUCUGGGGCAACUAUCGCCAGACCACGGCCACCGUCGCCGAGACCAUGCGCGGCACAUCCGCCGCGCCACCCUACUUCACGCCCGUCUACUUUGACGGCCGCAAGCACAUGGACGGCGGACUGAUGGCCAACAACCCAGUGUUCAAGGCCAAGGAAGAGGCCGACGACUUGUACAAUGAUGGAACAAAGUAUAUAAUCGUAUCGAUUGGCACUGGAUACGUGAAGAACAAUGUGUCCAAGCCACCCAAGCACAGGGCCACCAAGUUGAUCAAAGAGGGAUACCUGUCGCCGGCACUCUUCAAGACGCUGGCCAACGCGAUUGGCAACUCACACUCAUUGCACAAGGAGUUCAAGGCCUCGAUACAUGGCAAUCCAAACGUGAUCUAUCAUCGGUUUGAUGUGUUGCUGGACCAGCCCAUCGCACUGGACGAGCACUCAUCCAGCAGUUUCAAAAAGAUGUACGACAUGUCCAAGCAAUAUGUCGAGAUGCCCAAGACCAAGGAUAGGUGUGAUCGUCUCAAGAGACAGCUUCAAUCAUUGUUCCAACCCAAAGACAACCUCAAUGUAUCCAGUAACAUUAUUGGAGUUGGUGCGGCAUCACAGCAGUCUUCACCUCAAACUUCAUACGCUGCGCAAUAG